CUUACCCACGUGACCAAACAACAGAAGCCACCUGUGUUUAUCAGGUGUUGUAAAAUAACAGCGAAAGCACCUGCACGAUUCACCCUGCAACCAGAUAGACGCGCUAAUUAGUAAUCAUGAGUCAGAGUGGGAAGAUGCAUCGCUCGUACCAAUCUAUCCUUCCAACACACAACAAACUUCUACAAAAGAGGUGGGAUGAAACUUACUACAAUGAACACAGGAGAAAGGUCAGAGAUGCUGUCCCAAUUGUAGAUACCAAAGCUCCCCAGACAUAUAUGCAUUUGCAUCUUAAAUUGAAAAAGUUACAGCUGGAGGAAGAGAGGCUUGCAACCAUUGAAAGAGAUAACAGAAUCCUUCUGGAAAAGAUGUCUUAUAUCAUGCGCACACGAGGAAGAAUAGAUAAUAGGAAUAAUUACGAAUACAAAAGUUUGAACAGAGAAAAACGACAGAGGGAACUCCUCCGUAUUACGCGGGAAAAUCAAGAGAUACUGAAGAGAAUCACGUUACGUCAGCCAGAAUACGACCACCUGAAGUGGGAGAUGGAGUGGGAAGAAAAGCUCAAGUUUAUUGAUAAUAUUUCACAGUAUCCAAUGGGAUGGUGGGAAAAGCCAGAAAAGAAGAAAUCCAGCAAGGAUGGAAGGAAGAGUACAGAUAGUGAGAAGAAGGAUCAAGAAAAGGAGGUCACAGAGGAGGAGACACAGAGGGAAGAUGAACAAACACAGGAACAGGAGGAAGUGACUGCAUAAAAAA